GUGGAUGAGAUUUACUCUGUUCCUGAUGUUGGCACUGUGGUGGGAGGGACUCUGUACAGCGGGGUGUGUAGGGAGGGCGAGCGACUGGUGGUCGGCCCGACUGACGAGGGCCGUUUCCUGCGCCUGAAGGUGGGCAGCAUCCAGAGGAACCGCUCGGCCUGCAGGGUGCUGAGAGCCGGGCAGGCUGCCACGCUGGCCGUGGGAAACUUUGACCGCUCGCUGCUGCGCAAGGGCAUGGUGAUGGUCAGCCCCAAGAUGAACCCGACCAUCUGCUGUCAGUUUGAAGCCGCCAUCGUCCU